AUGACCUCCACCACUCCCAUCAAGAUCACCGACACCACGUUCCGUGACGCCCAUCAGAGCCUGAUGGCGACCCGACUCCGCACCGAGGACAUGGUGCCCAUCGCCGAGCGAAUGAACGCCGUCGGCUUCCACUCCAUGGAGGUCUGGGGCGGCGCGACCUUCGACUCAACGACGCGAUUCCUCGGCGAAGACCCCUGGGAGCGUCUCCGCACCUUCAAGAAGCUCAUACCCGACACACCCCUGCAAAUGCUGCUUCGCGGCCAGGCGCUGGUCGGGUACCGUCCCUACUCCGACGACGUGGUGGACGCCUUCGUGCAUCGUUCCACGGAGGCGGGCAUAGAUAUCUUCCGGGUAUUCGACGCCCUCAACGACCCCAUGAACCUCGAACGGGCCGCCGCCGCCGUCAAGGACUCCGGCGCGCACCUCCAACUGACGAUCUGCUACUCCGUCACCGAGGAGGGCGUCCUCGGCGGCCCCAUCUACAACCUCGACUACUACAUCGACAAGGCGAGGGAGCUUCUCGACCUCGAAGCCGACAGCAUCUGCGUAAAGGACAUGGCCGGACUCCUCGCCCCCUACGACUCCUUCAAUCUCUUCACGGCUCUCAAAGAAGUCGUCGACGCCAUUGAAGCGGGUGUGGACAUCGUUGAUGCCUGCCUCGCGCCCCUCGCCCUCCGCACAGCGCAGCCGGCUAUCGAGCCGCUCAUCACCGCGCUUAAGGGCACCGACAGAUCUACCGACCUCGACCUUGAGCCGCUGCUCGAACUCGGCGACUACCUUGAGACGAUCACCCCGAAAUAUCGCCAAUACCUCGAGACCCCGAAGACCUCGGUAAUCGACGCCCGUGUGCUCAGUCACCAGAUACCCGGAGGCAUGACCAGCAAUCUCAUAUCCCAGCUUCGAGAGGCCGACGCCCUCGACAAGCUGCCGGAAGUUCUCGAAGAGAUUCCUCGCACCCGCAAGGACUUGGGUUACCCACCGCUAGUAACCCCGAUGAGCCAGAUGGUCGGCUCGCAGUCCGUGACCAACGUCCUUAUGGGCCGCUACGCCACCGUCAUCGAGCCCGUGAGAGAAUACGCCCUCGGACUCUACGGCCAGCCGCCAAGUCCCAUGAGCGAUGAGAUUCGAGAGAAGGCGCUGGCUGGAGGCGACGGGAACAUGACCCCGAUCGUCGGACGCCCCGAGUCUUGGGACGAACCGGAGCUCCCUGCUGCAAGGGCCGCCAUCGAGGACAUCUCCAACGACCUCGACGACAUCCUGACGUACGCCCUCUACCCCCAGACGGGUGGGAAAUGGGUCCGCAUCAAGCAUGGCCUCGACCCGAUGCCCGAUGACAUGAAGCCCGCCGCUCCGCAGGAAGACGGGGCGCGACCGGAUGCUCCUUCUGCGCAGGUACAGGCCACCCCAAAGAGCCACCGUGCCCGCGCCUUCAACGUCUUUGUCGAUGGGGAGGCCUUCUUCGUGGAGGUCGAUCCCGUUUCUACAGGACCCUCCGCCUCAGCAAAGCGCGGGAUCGUCACCGUCUGCGUCCCCUGA